AUGGCAGCUGUCUGGAUGGCCGGGCCUCUUACAGGCACGCUCGUACAACCCUAUAUUGGCAUUUGCAGUGACAAUUGCCGCAGCCGUUGGGGUAAGAGGAAGCCGUUCAUGGUACUUGGCGGAAUCGCCACUGUAGUAUGUCUAUUGGCUCUGGCUUGGGUACAAGAAAUAAUUAGAGCCAUUUUCGACAUCUUGAGCUUAGAAUCUACCUCCGGUGGGGCUAAAACAGCAUCAAUUGUCGCUGCAGCGAUCUUGAUGUAUUGUCUGGAUUUUGCUAUCAACACAGUUCAAGCCGGAAUUCGGGCUUUUAUUGUUGACAAUGCCCCUUGGCAUCAGCAAAAGUCCGCAAACGCCUGGGCAAGCCGCGUGAAUGGCGCAGGAAAUAUCCUAGGCUACUGUCUGGGCUUCAUGGACUUGCCAAAAACAUUCCCAAUCUUUGGGGACACACAGUUUAAAGUCCUGUGUGUGAUCGCGAGUAUUUCUCUGCUAUCUACAUUAUCCAUAAGCUGCGCUUGUAUCAAGGAGGAAAAUACUUCCGAGAAACUCCCUGAAGCUGGUAACCCUGCAUUUGGAUUAUUUGUCCGAUUGCUUAUGACGACUAUCCGGCAGCUUUCACCACAAAUAUGGAAGAUCUUUGCAAUCCAGUUUGCAUCCUGGUUUGGAUGGUUUUCCUUUCUAUUCUAUGCCACGACCUAUAUAGGCCAGUUGUAUGUGAAUCCGUAUUUCGCAGAACAUCGUGGCCUAUCCGAGGAUGAGAUUAACAAAGUGUGGGAAGAAGCCACACGGGUCAGUACGUUUGCACUAUUUGUUAAUGCGAUUAUUGCAUUCGCAGCCAGUAUUGUCAUACCAUUUCUGCUUUCCCCAUCAGACAAAAUGGUUCCGCCUCCCGAGUAUACAACAGAGCCCUUUAAUUCUGAGUUGCCACAGCGGGGGAUGCUCAGUACAUGCGCUAGUUCCCUAUCAUCAUUCCGCCAAAGGAUUUGGGUCCCUCGCCUAACUCUACGGCGCAUAUGGUUGUUCUCACACUUUCUUUUUGCACUCUGCAUGAUAAGCACAUUUUGCAUUUCCUCACCUCAACGGGCUUCCGUGAUGACGGGAAUUGUUGGUAUUUCUUGGGCUGUUACAAUAUGGGUUCCAUUUGCGCUUCUCGCUACUGAAAUAGCGCAGCAUGAAGCUGGCAGAUGGGAUGCACACCUCAGGGACGAGUCAGGGGAAAUCGUUGGCAACUCCUGUCCAGGAGCCUAUAUGACUAAUGAUAUGAGCCAUGAGGAUGAAGGCAAAGCGACAGGGCAGGCUGGUGCUGUUCUUGGCUUGCACAACGUCUUUGUCUCCGUUCCACAAUUUGUUUCGAGUGUUUUUGGCAGUAUUAUAUUUAAAGCACUGCAGAAACCGAGAGGAGAACCUUGGGAUAAUAGUGUAGCAUGGGUAAUGAGACUUGGCGGAUGUGCUGCCUUGGUGGCAGGGAUUUUGACAACUACUCUCCGAGAGCAAAGUGGAAGACACUGA